AUGACGCCAUCGCAUGAUGUGGGCCUCCAUGGCUCUCCCGCGGUAACGCACCACCCCACGGCUGUUAAACCCACCUCGCAGUGGAACACAACGGCCUGUAACAGCUUUCGGAGCAGCAGCAGCAAAGGCGGCAGCAACGCCACACAGGAGAUUUCUAGUGACAUUAUGACUCGCUACGAGCGCAUGAUUGCGGUGCUGACCGCACAGGCCCUAUCGCAGCAGGAGGAGAUCGCGCAGCUUAAGAAUGCUAUGUUCAACGCAGCCGGACUCUGCAACGAUGGUAGCGCGCCAGGGAACAACUACGUAGAACCACCGACACGCACAACAUCGUCGCGUAUGCUCGACAACACGCGAACAUUCGUCGAGAGCAAACCACAACGCACCGCAACUAGGGGCAGCGGGACGCGACGGAUGCCGAAGGGUUGGCGACGCCGCAUAGAGGACCACAUGGUAGGGCUGCUAGAAACGCACAUGCGCUGCAUGGACGAGCGCUUGGCACGGUGCCUGGUGGAGCGGUUUCGGCAGGUCACACGCCAACACGUAAUACGCUCAGUGGAGAAAGAGGUGCUUCGUGUCCUGCACGAGAAGCCGCUGCCCGUAGCGGAUGUGGAACCACGAGAUGUUUCAGUUGAUCCCACGGCUACGCCGCAGUGCAGCGCAGCUCCGCCUCAGAUUCACGUGGCGAACGAAGAAUCUGCGUGGAGGUCUGUGAAACCUGCAACUUAUAUGGGAGAUCAGCAACAGAAUCGGCAACGACCACAAAGAGUUAUCGAAAACGGUGUCCCAACGGAGCCGCAUGUAUCUACUAUUGCCGGUGAUCCGUCAUCUCUGUCAGAGUCGGCUGCGUCGCUCCUUCGACACCACGAUCAACUGCUGCUAGAACAGCUGCAGCGCCGUGUGGCAACGCUGGAGGACCGUCUAGCUGUCGCUGCGACGUCAUUUUCCUCUAAAGGCACGUCGCCGCCGUCGCUAGCAAAUGCGACGUGUCACCUCAACGGUCACAGCAAGGACGACGGCAACAGGACGCAUCUGUGGUUCUCCUCACGGUCGCCGACGAACUCCGCGAGUGACGAUGUGGGUGUGCUUGUUGACGUCUUUGAGGGGCGGAAGCCGCCGACAGCCGUCCGACUACUAUCACCGUGA